AUGGCAUUGAAUCAAGACACGAACACCAAGAAAAGGGCAUUCAAAGAAGACAGACCUAACUCAAAUGACUCAAUUUCAACCAAUGGUAUAAAUGAUUUAUCUGAUCAAGUACAACCCAGCACAAGACUUCAAAAACCGGGGCUUGAGGACGAUGACGUCAAUGAUCUUGAGAUGAUGUCAAGUCCUGAGAUAGUUGACAUAAACGUGGCAGAAGAAGAGGACGAUGAUGAUGAGGAGGAGGAUGAGGAGGAUGAUGAUGAUGACGACAACGACCACGAAGUCGAUGAAGUGAUUGCUGAACUGGAUGCUAUUGGAGAGUUGGGUAACGAGGUCCAAAUAGUUGAUGGGGAUGGUGAUGUUGUUGAAGUAACAGAUAAUGACAGUGCCAACUUAGAUAACCAUGGUCGGGUGAGCAGCAUAAAGCCAAAUGUGAGAGGCCAGCAGCAAAUCGGGCAACCAAAGACGUACCCACUUGCAAAUGACUUUGAUGCACUUGCAGCAAAGUUGAUGAAACCAAUUGAGGAUUAUCCGGUCGAAGAAUCGACGCAUUAUGUGUGGGAGAUCAAAGACUGGGCCCUGCUAUUGAAGCAGGACAAAGUUAGAUCCCCUACAUUCAAGUGUGGCAAAUUUGAAUGGAACAUUUUACUUUUUCCUAGGGGUAAUGGAAAUCACAAUGUUGUUUCUAUUUAUAUUGAACCACACCCACCUAUAGAUGAGGUUACCGGUAAACCGUUGGAUGAAAACUGGUAUGUGUGUGCCCAAUUCGGACUUGACUUUUGGAACCCUGAUCAUCCGGAUGCUCAUUUUCCAAACCAAAGCUCUCAUAGGUUUAGCAAGAAUGACACAGACUGGGGAUUUAGCUCAUUGAUCGAAUUGAGGUCUUUAAUGUCAAAUAAAAAUGUCAAAAGCCAAGCAUCAGAUUACCCAAUAUUGGAAAAUAAUCAAAUGAACAUCACUGCUUUUGUUAGAGUUAUAGACGAUACAUCAACUGGAACUUUGUGGAACUCAUUAACGAACUAUGACUCCAAAGUAAAUGCCGGGUAUGUUGGGUUGACUAAUCAAGGGGCCACUUGCUAUCUCAACUCUCUUUUACAGAGUUAUUUCACAACAAAAAUUUUUAGAAAACUCGUUUACCAAAUACCCACCAAUUUGAAAAAGAAUGCUGCGGUUGCUUACGCGUUGCAACGUAUAUUUUACCAAUUGUCCAAAUCAAGCGACCCAGUUGCUACUCUGGAUUUGACAAAGUCCUUUGGUUGGGAUUCUUCUGAUGCAUUCACACAGCACGACGUACAAGAAUUGAAUCGUAUUUUAAUGGACAAGUUGGAAACGGCCAUGAAAGGUACCGAGAUAGAAAAUGGGUUAAAUGAUAUAUUUGUUGGAAAAAUGAAGUCAUACAUCAAAUGUGUCAGCGUUCCCUACGAGUCAUCUCGAGUGGAAGACUUUUGGGAUAUCCAAUUGAAUGUGAAAGGGUGUCAAAACUUGGAACAAUCAUUUAAAAACUACAUUGAGAUAGAAAUGUUGGACGGAGAAAACAAGUACCAGGCUGGGGAUGAAUAUGGCUAUCAAGAUGCUAAGAAGGGGGUUGUCUUUGAAUCAUUUCCUCAGGUUUUACACUUGCAAUUGAAAAGAUUCGAGUACGACUUUAUGGUUGAUGAUUUGGUUAAAAUUGAUGACUUUUACGAGUUUCCAGACAAGAUUGAUUUGAAACCGUACUUAGACGAAGAUCUAUCAGCAGAUAUCAAAAACCAGAACUGGAAUUACAAGUUACAUGGGGUAUUAGUUCAUCAGGGAACAAUCUCCAAUGGUCACUACUACGCAAUGAUAAAACCAAACGCCAAUGAUGAUAUGUGGUUGAGAUUUGAUGAUGAUAAAGUAUGGAAAGUAUCCAAAUCGCAAGUAUUUAAGGAAAACUUUGGCGCUCCUGAAUUAACGAGAGAACAAUUGGCUACCAUGUCAAGAUUGGAACAGCAGGAGCAUCUUAUAAGGAGAGUCACAUCGGCAUAUAUGUUGGUGUAUUAUCGUGAAUCAGAGUUGGAGAAUAUCUUGCCUGCAGAUGAACAAGCGAUAAAUGCUGUUAUAUCUCCAGAUAUUGCCAACCAAAUUCAGAGGGAGUGGGAGGAAAGAUUGAGAUUAGAGAAAGAAAGACAAGAGGCAUUGUAUUACACCAAUGCUAAAGCUAUCACAAUCGACACAAUGCAUAAUCACACAGGAUUCGAUUUAACUUUGGAUCCCACUGUUGAAGCAUAUUAUGAUGAAAGUCUUGCUGGCACUGAAUCUGACCCUCAACAGUUUAGGAUUCGUAAGGAUAGUUCAUUUUCGGACCUAGUUGAAAAAAUCGGCGAGCUGUUGGGCUAUGAAGACAAAAGUUUAUUCAGGCUAGGUGUUGUGUGUCAUAGGAACAAUCACACCAAUAGACUAGAUGAACUUGUGGAUGAAAAGUUGAAGGAUUUAACAGUUGCCAAUUUCUACACCAAAGUUUUCAAUAGAAAGUAUGAUGAAAUGGUGUUUUACGUGGAGGAACUUAACAAGGAUAUCAACAAUAUCAACAAGCUAACAGACGUCGAAAAAAGGAUUGAUCCAGCCCAUUUUAAAUUUGAUGAAACUUUUGCAAAGAUCAAAUCAGUUGGUCAUGAAGUUACAAAGGAUAUGAAAUUUCCCUUUACGGAGAAACAUUCCGGCUAUAUUACGCUAUUUAUCAAAUACUUCGAUCCGGUUUCGCAAGAAGUGAGAACUUUGUCGCACAUCACAGUUUCCACUAGUGACACCAUCAAGUCAAUCAUCGAACCCAUCAGAAAUUUGCUCGGAUUCAAAGAGGAUGUCAAUUUUGAAUUGUUUGAAGAAUUGAGUCCGCACAGAUGCGAAAAACUCGACAUUGGAAGCGUUUUUGAACAGCAAGAGUUGAGUACCGGUGAUAUUAUUGUUGCCCAAGUCACGAAUGUUGGUGAUUUAGCAAGUGACAAACGGUUCAAGCACGUGAGAGAUUAUUACAAGUUUCUUGCUACGCGUGUUCACGUUAGGGUAAAGCCAUUCAAUGCAAAUGAGUCUGACGAGGAUUCUGAUUACAUUGAGGAAGAAGGACAAGACAAUGAGAAUGGUGAGUUGAAUGCAAAUAAAGAACGAAAGGAUUUGAAUGGACAGUACAAUGACGAAACGACAAUGAGGGAAAUUGAAGAGGUUAAGAAAUUGAGCAAAAGCUUUGAAUUGUGGGUCUCUACAAGCUAUAGCUACCAAGAUUUAGCCGAGGCAAUUGCUGGAAUCAUCAAAUGUGAUCCCGAAUACUUGAAAUUAUUUGUUAUCGGUAAUCAAGGAGCACGCUACCCUUUGAAAACCAGUCACCUUAUGUCGCAGGUUUUCCCCAGAAAUGUUACAGUUAGUCAAAUAUUUGAUAUCGAAUAUGAGGUAUUGAAUAUAAAGAUGAAGGAGUAUGAAAAUUUAAAACUGUUUAAGGUGUUUUGGCUCAACAACUUGUUGCAAUACCAGGAGUUUGAAUUAUUGGUGCCCAAGCGUGGAACUUUGCAAGACCUCAUCAAUAAGUUGUUGCACAAGGUUGAUGUCCCUGACAAGGACUUGAAACAUCUUUUAUGUUGGUCGGGAACAAAUCACAAGUUUUCAGAAAUUCUUCGAUUUGAAACCCCUGUACAACAACUCCAUGAGGAAGAUGAUAUAUAUUGUGGAAUAUUCCCUGCUGAAGUUCAAGUGUUAUCUGACCAUGAUAUCAUCAAGAGAAGCACAGAGGAAAUCAUAGACCCCAACGAGAUCACCGAUGAAGUUAUUAGAGAUGAAUUUGUCAAAGCUCGCGAUGCCUCAAAAAACCUCAAUCUCAUUCCAGCGUUCCAUUUCCACAAGCAAAGCACCAAUUAUCACGGUAUACCGUUUUUCGUUAUUCUUUUCCCCGAUGAAUUGUGGAGCAAUACGAAAAAGAGAUUGAGGAGAAAAUUGGGAUUGGGCCAACAAGCAUUUGACAAGAUUAAAUUUGCAUUGGCAGAUGCUAAUGACAAGGGACUGUACAUUGAUGAAACUGACCCCGAUUUGAUAUUGUUUGACAAAGUUAGCAAUGGGAGAGCCAAUUUGGCCCUCGAUCAUAUUGACCGUAACCCUAAACGUCAAAACCCAUACGAAAAGGGUAUAUCCAUAAGAUAA